AUGACAAAAUCAUCAAAUUUGGACAAAUCUCCAAAAUGUGCUGACUUUGGAGCCUGUAACACAAUAGAGACCCUUUUACAGUACUUAAUACUAUCUGUAAGUUUGUUGUUUUGUGGUCAUCUUGGAAAAGAAGCAUUAGAUGGAGUUCAGUUAGCUAUCACAACUAUAAAUGUAAUUGGUUCAUCUGUGAUCAUUGGUCUGUCUACCGCAUUCGAUACUUUAUUCUCACAGACAUUUGGAAGUAACAACACGAAUAAUGUUGGUCUCAUUCUACAACGAGGAAUUCUUAUCAUGCUCUUGGCCUGCAUACCAAUAUUUGCAGUCUUUGUAAAUACAGAAUAUAUACUGAUCCUAGUCGGCCAAAAUCAUGAAGUAGCGAGACUAAGUGGGUUUAGUAAAGAAGCCUUCCUAGAAUGGAACACAUUUCUAAAUCUUGCUAUUCCUGGAAUAUUUAUGAUAUCCGUAGAUUGGUGGAGUUUUGAAAUAUCAACUUUAGUUGUGGGUGUCCUCGGAAGUGUUCAACUGGCAGCUCACAGCAUUGUAUUCCAGAUCAAUGGUUUAAUAUUCAUGAUUCCAUUAGGGUUAUCUUCAGCAGUAUGUAUAAAAGUUGGACAAAAUGUUGGAGCUGGGGAUCCAAUUAAAGCUCAGACGACAUCUAGAGUUGGAAUCUUGCUUGUUUUGAAUGGCAUUUUACGCGGAACAGGACAUCAGAAAUAUGGAGGCAUAGUAACGGUAAUAGCGCAUUAUGUCAUAGGAGUACCGCUUAUGGUAGUACUUGUUCUGUAUACCUCGUUAGAAAUUGCAGGUAAAAUUAAUUAG